AUGGAGGCGCCUCCAAUUCCUCACGAACAAAGUACCGCCACUCGAAAGGGCUUUCCGCAGUCCCCUGACGAGUUCGAUGACGAUUACAGGAUUUCCUAUUCGAAACUUGAAAACAAGUAUAUUCUGGAGGCGGAGGACGGAUCAGAGUGGUAUUACGAUGAUGCGCUGAAGAGAUGGAUCCCAAUGGUGGACAAUGCCCUCUUAGAACAACAGGGAGAGGCGUAUAAAGUUGAAGGUAUAGAUGAGCACGAACCCGCCGAUUUUAAGCAGCAGCGACGAUUGAAACGGAAGAAUUAUACCAAUUGUGAAGAGUCUCAGGCGCACAAGGCCAAAAAAUCUCGCGUAAACACCGCCGUCUACGUCACGUCAAUCCCGCUCGACGCCACGGUUGAAGAAGUGAACGAUGUUUUUAGCAAGUGCGGCGUCAUCGCCGAGGAGAUCGACCGACGACGACCACGGAUAAAAAUGUAUACUGACGACGAAGGGAAGUUCAAGGGCGAUGCUCUGAUCGUGUACUUCCGUCCCGAGUCAGUCAAUCUUGCUAUCCAGAUGCUUGAUGAUACGGACUUUAGAUUUGGAGAAACAGGUCCAGAUGGCAAGAUGAAGGUUCAAACGGCAGAUUACUCAUUCAAAGUGCAAAAGGAUGCACCGACCAAACCAAAUUUGAAUGAGAAGCGAAAAAUUAUGAAGAAAACUCAGCGGUUGAAUAGCAAACUUGCGGACUGGGACGAUGACGAACCCUCAAUGGCUCCGCCAAGUUCAUCUCGAUGGGAAAAGGUGGUCAUUUUGAAACAUAUGUUUACAUUACAAGAACUGGAGGAGGACCCAGCCGCAAUCCUAGAUAUCAAGGAAGACAUUCGACAAGAAUGCUCGAAGCUGGGCGACGUCACUAACGUCGUAUUAUAUGAUAAGGAGGAAGAUGGUGUCGCGAGCGUCCGGUUCGCCGAUGUCGAAUCAGCAAAAAUCUGCGUUCAGAAAAUGGACGGCCGCUUCUUCUCAGGCACACGGGUGGCGGCAUACAUAGCCGACGGCAGCGAGAGGUUCAGGAAAUCGAGCUCACGGCACGCCACUACUGCCGGAACUACCCUAGCUGGCGUUGAUGCGGAGGAUGACAGUGACCAGGUUGACGAGGAAGAAGCUGAGCGGCUUGACAAGUUUGGGUCAUGGCUUGAGGGUGGUGGUGGCGGCGGCGACGAAGCGGCCAGGGAGAGCGCUGCAGAUGGUGCAAGCUAG